GCCUCACGAAUGACAGCAUCCGAGCUUGCACCUGCCUUUCCAAUCCCCAGCCCGCCAGAGUCUCCGAAACGUUGAAUUCGCUCUUGAGACGUGGAGGCAUUCGAAGUUCUCCCCACGUCCCACGUACCGCUCGCUAACAACUUGGAGUCGACAACAAACGCGCAUUCCUCGCAAACCGCAACGUUGGCUAAGCGGUGUUACUAUUCCAGGAUAGCUUACGCAGCUCCGCAACCACGUCCGCCCACGUCCGCAACUCGACACUGCGCGCAUAGGGAACGUCCGCGGAAGUUGGGGACUUGCAUGAGCUUGGACAGCAGCAGAGCUGCGCGGAUAGUGCUUCACACAAUUCACGGCCGCAAUGGCCGGCCGGCCUGGAGGUGGACAGCCGUCUCACAGCGACAACCUGAUCGACUUCGAUGAACCCCAACCGCAAUACUACUCUGGCGCUCGACCACCCGUAAACGACGACGACCUUCUCAACCGCUUCGACAUCGACAACACAGAGUCUGCGCCGCAGGGGAGGCCGUCAGUGUCCUACGAUGACUUCGUUGGCGGAGGCAGACCGAAUACUUCCAAUCUACUGGGAGGGCCUGGCGCACCGGUAGGACAGGCGCCAUACUUGCAGGCAGGAAACAGAGCAUACUCGCAAUCGUCCGACUUGAACAACUAUCAGCGCUACUCCGACGCCGACUUACCCAUCGACGAUGACGGGCGCUCAACGCAGGGCUACUAUGCCGCCGGCGGCGCGUUCGAUCCCACGUCGCCAGGGCUACAACGAGGCGCUUCCAAGAAGAAUCACAACAGGAAUAGUAUCCUGAGUCUCGGUGGAGGCCUCACUGGUCGCGUCAAGAAUAUGUUGGGGCGAGGCAACGAAUACUCGGAGAUGGACCUGCCAUUGACCGAGCAUGCGGCGCAGCAGGGCCAGUCGAGCGCGAGCGCAUACGGUGAUGGGCAAUCAACAAAAACAAAGAAGCGCAGUUCAGGCACGUUCAAGUUUGGAUUCGGGAGAGGUGCGCCAGAUCCAUCGACCCUUGGACCCAGGAUGAUUCAGCUCAACAAUCCGCCGGCCAACGCCGCGAACAAAUACGUCGACAACCACAUCUCGACGACCAAGUACAACAUCAUUACAUUCUUGCCCAAGUUCUUGUACGAGCAAUUUUCGAGAUACGCCAACUUGUUUUUCUUGUUCACUGCCGUUCUGCAACAGAUACCCGGAAUUUCACCCACAUCGAGAUACACCACUAUCGUUCCUCUGUUCAUUGUGUUGCUUGUAUCCGCGAUCAAGGAGUACAUCGAGGACUACAGGCGGAAACAGUCCGACUCGCAACUUAACAACUCGAAGUCGCAAGUGCUAAAGGGGUCCUCGUUCGAAGAUGCAAAGUGGAUCAAUAUUGCGGUCGGCGAUAUCAUACGAGUCGAAUCUGAACAGCCGUUUCCUGCCGACCUUGUUCUGCUUGCCUCAUCUGAGCCAGAAGGUUUAUGCUACAUUGAAACGGCCAACCUGGACGGAGAGACCAAUUUGAAAAUCAAGCAGGCCAUCCCAGAAACUGCUGACUAUGUCAGUCCUUCCGAUCUUGGUAGACUUGGCGGCAAAAUUCGAUCAGAGCAACCCAACAGUAGUCUGUAUACCUACGAAGCGACUCUGACGAUAGCGGCUGGAGGUGGAGAGAAGGAACUACCCCUGCAGCCCGAUCAGCUGUUGCUUCGUGGUGCCACACUUCGCAACACGCAAUGGAUUCAUGGUGUGGUUGUAUUCACCGGUCACGAAACGAAGCUCAUGAGGAACGCCACUGCAACACCCAUUAAGACGACUGCCGUCGAGAGAAUGGUCAACAAACAGAUUCUCAUGCUUGUGGUCAUCCUUGUCGGUCUCAGCAUUGUCAGUUCCAUCGGUGACGUGAUUAUACGUUCGACUCGGGCGAAGAACCUUGAGUAUCUGCGACUGGAAAACUUCAACGGUGCAAAGCAGUUCUUCUCUGAUCUGCUGACAUACUGGGUCUUGUAUUCGAACUUGGUACCCAUUUCACUGUUCGUUACGAUUGAGAUUGUCAAGUACUACACAGGUUCUUUGAUCGAUUCCGAUCUCGACAUCUACUACGAGCCCACGGAUACGCCAGCAAAUUGUCGAACUUCGUCCCUGGUAGAAGAGCUUGGUCAGAUUGAGUACAUUUUCUCCGACAAGACAGGCACUCUGACAUGCAACGUGAUGGAGUUCAGGCAGGCAUCGAUUGCUGGAAUCCAAUACGCAGAUGAGAUUCCGGAGGAUCGGAGAGCUACUGUAGAAGACGGGGUUGAGGUCGGCAUUCACGACUUCAAGCAGCUUGAGAACAAUCGCCAGACGCACCAGAACAGGUACAUCAUUGACCAGUUUCUUACACUACUCUCGACUUGUCACACUGUCAUCCCUGAACGAGGUGGCGAGAAAGAUGUAAUCAAGUAUCAAGCUGCGUCUCCCGACGAGGGUGCAUUGGUGGAAGGUGCGGUGAUACUCGGCUAUAAAUUUACGGCAAGAAAACCGCGAGCUGUCAUCAUGGAAGUUGAUGGACAGCGAAAAGAGUACGAACUGUUGGCCGUGUGCGAGUUUAACUCGACAAGGAAGCGCAUGUCCACAAUCUUCCGCACACCGGAGGGCAAGAUUGUCUGCUACUGCAAGGGUGCAGAUACUGUCAUCUUGGAACGUUUGGCAAAGGACAACAACCCGUUUGUCGAGACGACGUUAACCCAUCUCGAAGAGUAUGCCGCUGAAGGUCUUCGAACGCUUUGUCUUGCUAUGCGCGAAAUCUCUGAAGCUGAGUAUCAGGAGUGGUGGCAGAUCUUCAAUACGGCACAGACCACGGUCAGCGGUAACCGCGCCGAGGAGCUGGACAAGGCUGCUGAGCUUAUCGAGCAUGACUUCACCUUGCUUGGGGCGACUGCUAUCGAAGACAAACUACAGGACGGUGUACCAGACACAAUUGCCACCCUGCAAUCUGCGGGUAUCAAGAUCUGGGUCUUGACUGGUGAUCGACAGGAGACUGCCAUCAAUAUUGGCAUGAGUUGCAAGCUGAUCAGCGAAGACAUGAGCCUGCUCAUCAUCAACGAGGAGUCAAAGGAAGCCACAAGGGACAACAUCGCCAAGAAGUACAAUGCGAUCAUGAGCCAGGGUCAGGGAGGUGCAGAGAUGGACGUCUUGGCUUUAGUCAUUGACGGCAAGUCACUUACAUAUGCGCUCGAGCGCGACCUCGAGAAGGAGUUCCUCGACUUAGCAGUCAGGUGCAAGGCUGUCAUCUGCUGCCGUGUUUCUCCUCUACAGAAGGCUCUCGUCGUCAAGCUUGUCAAGCGCCACCUGAAGGCCAUCUUGCUCGCCAUCGGCGAUGGUGCGAACGACGUCUCCAUGAUCCAAGCCGCCCAUGUUGGUGUCGGUAUCAGUGGUAUGGAAGGUCUGCAGGCAGCACGAAGCGCUGAUAUCUCGAUCGGUCAAUUCCGCUAUCUACGCAAACUGCUGCUUGUCCACGGUGCAUGGAGCUACCAACGUGUCAGCAAGGUCAUCCUUUACUCCUUCUACAAGAACAUCGCCAUGUUCAUGACGCAGUUCUGGUACUCUUUCCAGAACGCCUUCUCUGGACAGAUCAUCUACGAGUCCUGGACCCUUACCUUCUACAACGUCUUCUUCACUGCCGCACCACCCUUCGUCCUCGGUAUCUUCGAUCAAUUCGUCAGCGCUCGCCUCCUCGAUCGCUACCCGCAGCUCUACCGCCUCAGUCAGUCCGGUGUCUUUUUCAAGAUGCACUCCUUCUGGUCCUGGGUAGCAAACGGCUUCUAUCAUUCCCUGAUCCUCUACUUCGGUUCUCAAGCUUUCAUCCUUUGGGACUGGCCGCAAUGGGAUGGUCGCAACGCCGGUCACUGGACGUGGGGCGCUGCAUCGUACACGGCCAACUUGGCCACCGUGCUACUUAAAGCCAGUCUUAUCACGAACAUUUGGACCAAGUACACGUUCCUCGCGAUUCCUGGGUCUUUCAUCCUGUGGUUCAUCCUCAUGCCGAUCUAUGCCACCGUGGCGCCUAUGGUCAAUAUCUCGAAUGAGUACAUUGGCGUUAUUGAGCGUUUGUUCCCCGAUCCAAGGUUCUGGGCAAUGGUAGUUGUGCUGCCGCCGCUUUGCCUGAUCAGGGAUUUUGCGUGGAAGUAUGCUAAGCGGAUGUACUUCCCGCAGAGCUAUCACCAUGUGCAGGAGAUUCAGAAGUACAACAUCCAAGAUUACAGACCAAGAAUGGAGCAAUUCCAAAAAGCCAUUCGCAAGGUCAGACAAGUCCAGCGCAUGCGCAAACAGCGUGGAUACGCUUUCUCGCAAACAGACGAGAGUCAGGCGAGGGUGUUGCAGGCAUAUGAUACCACGCAGCAGAGAGGAAGAUACGGAGAGAUGGCAAGUUCGAGGAAGUAGUUGGCACAUGCUUUUGGCGUUUGAAAUGAUAUGAUGGAACGACUUGUUUUGAGCUCAAAUCGAGCCAUGCAUGGAAAAGAGUGUUUGGUAGCGUAGUGUGUAUUCACAGUAGCUUCGCGAAAGAAGGUUUGAACAUUAGCUCGUAAGUAUACC